AGUCUGAAUUUUUGUGGAUAGGUGGGUGGUGAGCUGUAAGAGCUGACAAAGUUAAAGCGAGUGCGAGCUUUGGGAGGCCCUGAGCGGUUUCAUUUUCCAGGCAAACUUACAUGAUGCUGUCUGCAUGUAGUCAGUGAUCACAAGGUAGAAGGUGAGAUCGGGGAGUCCGGGUCUGUGUCCAAGUAAGAGUGUGUGAGCACUGCAGUGCGUGAAAGAGCCUGUGGGGCUUCACUGUGCCUCCAUUGGCGCUGCAUUGCCUCUACCUCCACCAUCUCCAUCACCUCCGGUACCUCGACGUUGAUAAUCAUCCACCUAUGUACAACUGCUCACAAUACCAACAGGACUGUGGCCCUCAGUUCGUCAGUGACUGUGUGAGUCGCACCUAAACUGACCUACUUGGUGCUAAAAAAUCCUUCAUCACACACAUUCAUGAGCUAAAAAGUAAGGCUCAACAAUUCCAGGCUUAGACUAGGCAGUGAGAAAUUUGGCGAGCAAAUUCCGGUGUCAAAGUGUGUCUUGAAUCAUUUACCAACGCAUGUGGGUGUUAUUCUGUGAUUGUGCAAACCUAGAUAGAGCAACCAAUCCAGAGGGUGGAAUAUGAUUGUGUCUGAAUGAGCUGGCCACCACAACGGCUCUUGCUGGCGGACCCUCCACCUGGAACUUUGAACCUGGAAACGACUCGUUCGGCCUCCCUUCCCCUUCUCCUUCCGUCCGACAUCUCUUCAACGUUCGCCCAAGAGUGUGUUCCGUUGAUCGAGCAAAGUCAACGUCAUCGCUCCAAGUGAUACAAGUGAAACCGAGCCUCCUGAUCCCGCUACUCAGUUGGAAAAAAAAUUCGGGGGGAGGAGAAGAGGCCAACGUCUCACUUUAGAUCAACAACUUGAUCGUCGAGUCCAGCGAUUUGCUGUGACACCCACAUCGGAUUUUGCCCUUCUUGAUGAGUGAGAAAUCGCCAUCAACACCAUCAGUUGCCGAGAUCCCUUUGGCCCGUGGGAGAGUGAGAGAGAAAGAGAGAGAGCUGGAAAGACGACGUGUUGGAGCUUCUAAAUCCUAAUUGGCAGUGCAACCAACGUGUGUGAGUGUUGGUGAGGCUGCUGGAAGGCAACCCGAAGAAGUGGAAGAAGAAGACACACUUUUACUUAUGUGUUUGGCCAAAUCGGGGUUGGGAUUGCUUCGUGUGGGAAGCCAGCACCCGGACGAAAAGGAGGAGGAGGUGGUGGAGGAGGAGGAGCUGAGAAAAACAUGCACAAGCAAGGCUCGUUGGUGCUCUCAAGCCAGGCGAGCAGUGGCACUAAUAAGAAGAACAAAUUAUUACUCGCUUCAUCGUCGUCCAUGUCGAGUGUGAUGAUGCAGGAUCAAAAGUUCGUCAGUGUGGUGUUCGACUUCGAGUACACGGCCGAGGAUGGCAAGAAAGUGUUCAUGAAGGAGAGGGAAGUCCUUCUUCUCAUCAACAAGACCAAUAAUGAUUGGUGGCAGGAACGGUACCGAAGCAAUUCAUUGGACUCCAUCCUCGUCGCCGAUCUCAACAAGAGGGUACUCUUGUCUCAUAACCAAAACAACCCACUUCCAGGGGGCGUGCCCCCCACCCAAAACGGCUCCUUGGGCUUCAACCGGAACAGCAGCAUCGAUGUGAUCAAAGAAGAGGAUGCCCGAGGGUCAGCUCAACUUCCGAAACAAAUCAGUGCGGGUGCUUUACUUCUCCAAUCCGGUGCCAAUCUGGAGAAGCGGCCCACCUUCGAAGGUCUGGACAAGCGGAAAUCUUGGAGUGUGGCCGACGGGAGUAGUCUUCAAAGUGCUAUUAGUGUUCCGGCAAUGACCAUCCUGAGUCACAACGGAAGGCGCCCGUUAUCAUCAUUGUCGUCUUCGGGACAGACCAAGACGGCUGAACACCAUCGCUCUUCUUCCCCACCUAAUCACCACCAUGUCGAUCUUCAUCAGCUGGUGAAUGGUGGUGGGAAAGAAAAGUCCUCGUUGGUGAGCAAUGAGGCAAAUGAGAAAUCGAUCCGUGCAAGGAGAUCGACCACCAACGCCACCAAUACCAACAACGAAGUGACUGGCGGAUCCGGCGGCAACAGCAACAGCAACGACAACAAUAAUAGCAAUAGUGGUGCACAAACAGGACAUCACUAUCCUCAUGGGGCAGGUAGUCGCACCGACCUGCAACUGAAAACCACCAAAGGUCGGAUCUCGGCUUAUCAGAACACGGAGGGUCUCGUGUUUCCGAGCAAGGGAAACAAUGACACAAUAGACUCCAAUCGCAGCAUAGAUCGGAGGAAACCUGUCCCAUUGCCGCGAAGCAAGAUCCCUCUGCCUCAAGAUAAAGAGCCUUCACCACCACCACCACCUCAAGCCAAUACGAGUGGCCUCGUUAAUUCAGUUAUUCAUGGUAACAAGACCUCGAAGAAAUCGUCUGUUACCAACGAGCCCAGCAAGAAGACCUCCAAGUCUAAGACAGUCAGUGCAAGUGGUUCGUCCAAGUCAAGAGGCGAGAAAAGUGUCAGUAAUGCCAAUGCAGUGGGGGGCUCCCUUCUGUCUGAGCCUCCUCAGAAGAGCAGUCUGCAUGCUCGGUUCUUCAGCAAACGUUCCAAGACCGACCUUGGAAGCGAAGGCCUUGCAGCAUACAAAGCCAAGAGGCCCAGCGUGCCGGGAGGCCUAGGAGCUAACAGCGGCAAAUACCCUGCUCCGAGAGUGCCCACCUUUAAUCGGCCUGUUCCACAAAAGAGAACCGAUGUUCCAUUUGCGUCGCCCCUGUUCCAGGGGGUUAUGCCAAAUUCCAACCAUCUAGGAGCAUUUCCUGGAAGUGAUACUAUUGAACCCAAUAGCAAUAGUGGGCCUUUAAAUUCAAACGCGGUUCCUCGCGUGUUUGAGCGGCGAACGAGUGACGAGGACAACAGAACGGGCAAGUUCAAACCGGCUCCGACUGAAAAGCCUCAAUUCACCACUUUCAAGCAGGGCUCAUUUAAAGUGAAAUCGAGUGAGAGCAAUUCUGUGACCAAAAGGUUCAUUUUCAGUGAGAAACGAUUGAGUAAAGUGGCCUCAGAGAGUGACCUCAUUCAGACUUUGGAGCGUGAGGCUCUUGAGGACAAAAUCGAGCCCAUCCGACUCCCCAUCAAGUCUGACUUGACCAAUUUAGUUAACGAGAACAUUGAGAACAUGUUACAUCAUCAGAAAAGUUACUUUGUUCAACAGGAGGCUCAGAAGAGGCAGGACUCGACUCAAGAAGGCUCUUACAACAAACUAGUGAUAGACACCUCGAAAUCGGAGCCACUCCAGAUUCGCACCGAGCCUUUGAACGACCUCCUUCUUCGUGGAGGGGGUGAAGAGCCCAUGUCAGAGGGUCCCGACAAGAGCUGUUCAACUUCAUUUGAAAGCAGUGAAGAUUCAAUUUUGAACGGGGAACGGUCAUUGGAGGAAAGCGUGUCAGAUUUUCAUCAAUCAUCCUCACCCUUGAACACCUUGGACUCUUCCUCGGAUUCGAGAACAAAAUCUCCGGCGGGCACUUCUACCACAUCCCGAUCACCACCUUCGCCGGAACCCCUAGGCUUGACUCCCAUCAGACCAGUUCUAACCGAUUGGGAUGAAUACGAGGAUGUGAGUUCGGGGCGGAAGUUUUACUUCAACAACGUGACAAAGGAGAAAAGUUGGAAGCCUCCCCGAAAACCAAAAGGCUCCAGUGAUGCCGGACUCUCUGCCCCCUCAAGCCCCAUACCGUUAGAAUUUGAGGACGCGGCGCAGAAAUUGAACUUCGAUUUUGACGAUGACCAACCUGCCAAAGAAAAAGUGUUGAUGAAGCGCGAAAGUGAUAAAGAUGAAAACGUGGACAAUCGACGGAAACCUCCACGAAAAUUCGAGCCCCCUCCGGAUGGAUACGAACUGCAGACCGAUGCGGACACUGGAUCUUCAUUUUAUGUCAAUGUUUUCACUGGGGUUCGAUGGUUUUCGGCAGAGGACGAAAAGGGUGCAGUAUACUUUUAUGAGGAAAAUGGGAAUGAAUCCUGUUGGAGCCUGCCGAACGUGUCUCAAAGCAUUCAAGAUAAUUCGAAAUCCUCCACCAACACAACAAUCGAAGUCCCCUUAGAAAUCAACACCAAACAUUUCAGGAAACCACUCACAGGAUCAACCAAACGAAUCACCGAUAACUAUCAAGCAAACCCUUUGGAUGAGGAAGGGCCAUCAGACCGCGAAUCCCCACCUCUGGCACCCAAACCAUCCAUCACAAAAACGGAGAUGUUGGAACGUAAAUUUACGCUCCCGCUCUCGACUCCAAGUUUUCAGAUCGGCAAUGUCAACAUUGUGGUGGUCAAACAAGGUCCCAUGAAUAAGACGAAGUUGAUUGAAAACGGAAAGCGGACCCGGAAGAACUGGAACCAUUCGCACGUGGUCCUCACGGACACGUUCCUGUUGUUCUUUAAAGAUGCCAAGACUUUCGCUUCCAUGCAGAGUGGUGGUCACACAAGUGCCAAACCUGAUCAUUGCAUCGAUCUCAAGGGGGCAAGUGUGGGAUGGUGCACCGGUGACAAAUCCAAGAGGAGCAAUGUGUUUGAAGUCAACACCGUAUUAGGUGUCUCAAUCCUUAUGCAAGACGAUUCUCUUCAAAUGGCGGCGGAGUGGUACCAAGAGAUCAAAGAGAUCAUGGACAGGUUCAAUCGACCUCGUAAGGGUCCCGUGCCUCCAGUCAGAACGGCACAAUUUCAUCAUCGAAACAGUUACGAUUCAGUUGGGGAACGCAAAUCUUCGGACGCUAGUCAGGUUUCCACUCUACAAUUCCCUGCUAAUGAUAAGCGUAACAAAAAUCUCAAAGUGAGUCGAACCAAGAGCCUAAAAAUGAAGAUUCUUGGUUCCAAUGAGGAACUGGAGGAGGGCGUGAGUCCUAUGGGUUUACCUGCAGGAUCGAAUGGAGCACUGUCAGCCCCUAUUCCGUCAUCCGCCAAUGGUAACUCAUACACUUUUCAAAAUGCCCAAACCAAGAGCAACAUUCGAGAGAAGCUCAGGAAAUUCUUUCAAAAGCGCCCAACCAUGGAUGAUCUGUUCAAGAGAGGAAUCAUUAAGAACGAACCUGUCUUCGGAAGCACUCUCCGAGAACUGGAACUCUCGGAUCUUGGGGAAGAGGGCAAACGCCCCGAGGUGGUUCCCUUGUUUGUCAGAAAGUGCAUCCUGGAAAUUGAGAAAGGCGAUUUCUUGAAAACCGACGGAGUGUACCGACAAUCGGGCAACCUUUCUCACAUUCAAAAGAUCCGACUGCAGGUGGACCAAGGAAAUUUUGCUAUCUUGGAGACAGUGGACGAUGUUCACGUACUGACAGGAGCCCUGAAACUGUUCUUCCGCGAGCUCAAGGAGCCUCUGAUCCCUUGGGAUUGUGUUGAUAAGCUCCUGAAGGCCAGCUCAUCCACAAACAAGAAAUCCAAACUAAAACUGAUGCGGGACACUCUUCAAGCGAUGCCACGUGUUCAUCGCGCCACUUUGAAAGCAUUACUAACUCAUCUACUCAGGGUGACCGAAUUCAAAGAACUCAAUCGAAUGCAGAUUCCCAAUUUGGCGAUAGUGUUUGGCCCGACGUUGAUGUGGCCUCCAAGUCAUGCUAUGACACAGAAUAUGGCCUUGGAUAUGAUGCAACAAAACAUCAUUGUGGAAUCCCUUCUGAACAACUUGGCCUUGAUCUUUUAAAGUUUAUUGUUGUACUCUUCUCCGUGUUACCUACCCUUCAGUGUCCCCAAAGUCCUUCUGCCUUAUUACGCUGUUAUGAAGAGAUCUAUCCCGGCGCUCUGUGAUAAUCCUGAAAUCUCCAAAUAUCAUCAUCGUAACCCAUCAUCACCAAAACAAUCAUUCAUGGUUUCGAGAGAUAAGUCGUACAUCUAACAUAAUAGUUCAUUGCAUCGCAUAUCUCACAUUGUUACACUAUUCAGAGAAAUAAAUACUCCACUAUA